GUUCAGGUGCCAUCCAAAGUCAUAUGUCAAGUAAGUGAUCCAUAAAUUGAAUUAAUAAACAUUUCCAGACAUAUGUCAGAUAUCUGAACUGAAUCACAUGAUAUCCUAAAGGUUAACACAUUGGCACAAACCACAUUCACUUUAAAUGAUAGUCCGCAUGCUGAUGCCUUAAUAAAUUAGAAACUCUGAGUAAUCUGUCACAUCAGAGAGCAUCAGACUGCUCGAUGGACGAAUCUUGUAUUCUGUAUCAGAGCAGUGAGCAUAGAGGAUAGCAGAGAAGAUUCAUCAGCGGCUGCACCAGUCAUUUCUUUCAGCGGAUUUAAUGCAACUGGUAACUGAAGAUGAUGUGACAAGUUGUUUUUUUUUAUUCCUAACCACCAACCGGUAGAUUUCUUUCUCAUUUGUUCUUUCAGAUCUCCCAGCAGGGCAUUCAUAGCCUCUGUAACCAAGUCCGUAUAAGUCUCAUAAGCGAUAACUAUUUAGCUUACAAAGGUGUUUUUCUUUUCAAGAGGCAACUGGACUUUCCGAUUUUUCUUUGAAGAAGUUUCGCUUCCCAUCCAAGAAGAUUCUUCAGUUCUGACUGAAUAUUAGAUAUUUAGUUUUCCGUUCCUGUACAGAGCUUAACGUUCCCUUUCAGCCGAUUUAAGGCUUAGUGUCCUAGGCGAGACGUACACAGAACGAAAUCCCGCGGACCUCAGCCACCCAUCGAUCUCCAGCCACGUUGCCGUAAACAGAGCGCUACCGCGCACAAUGCUGCUCUUCAGAGCGCGCAUGUGCAGACGCCGCAUCGCUUGAGCUGCGCUUUGCAAAGGCAGGAGGGCGCGCUGCACAUUCGGUUGGGCGCCCAAGUGAUGGCUUUAGUCUGCGGGUGAUCCGCCUCGCGCUUCCGCUGCCCCGGUUCUGCCCGCUGCUUCUCUGCGCCUCUGCCCAGCACCGCGGGGGAAUAUCCCGGGACGAUCCAGCGCAGAGAAGAAAAGGAGCAAAGAGCGGGAAACGAUAGAAGCUCCGCUGCCACCGGCUGGUCUUGUUUUGAAAGUUGCUCCGGCUGCCUCGUCCCACAGCGCAGGCGCUGCCGCAGUGAGGCCGGGCCGGGCUUUGCCAGAGCCGCCAGCAGCAGGAGGAGGAGGAGGAUCGGGGUUGCAGCUCUUUGCUCUCAUCCCACCCACCCCUCACCUCUGAUGAACCUCGCAUCCAGCUAGCCGUGCAAGCGUCUGCAGCCAGAGGAAGGGAGGGAGUCGGGAAAAUUUAUCCGAAACAGCAGUUUGCUCCGACCCUUGGGCCGUUCCAGACAGACGACCUUCCUGGGGCCGCCGCUCAACUAGCCGGGAUGGCCGUUCCGCUUAGCGACAGCGAAAAAAGGAAACAGAUCAGCGUGCGGGGCAUUGCCGGGCUGGGCGAUGUGGCGGAGAUUAGGAAGAGCUUCAAUCGGCACCUCCACUUCACCCUGGUGAAAGAUCGGAAUGUGGCCACCCCGCGGGAUUAUUUUUUCGCCUUGGCGCACACUGUGCGCGAUCACUUGGUGGGACGGUGGAUCCGCACCCAGCAAUAUUAUUACGAGAAGGACCCCAAGCGUAUUUAUUACCUGUCUCUGGAAUUCUACAUGGGCCGAACACUUCAGAAUACAAUGGUGAACCUGGGUCUGCAGAAUGCCUGCGAUGAAGCUAUUUAUCAGCUUGGCCUUGACUUAGAAGAAUUGGAAGAGAUUGAGGAAGAUGCUGGCCUUGGCAAUGGGGGACUUGGGCGUCUGGCAGCUUGCUUUCUGGACUCCAUGGCAACACUGGGGCUUGCAGCCUAUGGCUAUGGGAUCCGCUAUGAAUUCGGCAUUUUUAAUCAAAAGAUUGUCAAUGGCUGGCAGGUGGAAGAAGCUGAUGAUUGGCUGCGCUAUGGCAAUCCUUGGGAAAAAGCCCGCCCUGAAUACAUGCUUCCUGUACAUUUCUAUGGUCGAGUAGAUCAUACCCCUAAUGGGGUUAAAUGGGUUGAUACUCAGGUUAUUCUUGCCAUGCCUUAUGAUACACCUGUUCCUGGAUACAAGAACAAUACAGUUAAUACCAUGAGACUGUGGUCAGCCAAGGCACCCAAUGAUUUCAACCUCGAGGAAUUUAAUGUUGGUGAUUAUAUCCAAGCUGUGUUGGAUAGAAACCUAGCAGAAAACAUAUCCAGAGUGUUGUAUCCUAAUGAUAAUUUUUUUGAAGGAAAGGAAUUGCGUCUGAAGCAGGAGUACUUUGUGGUAGCUGCCACUCUCCAGGACAUCAUACGACGAUUCAAGUCUUCCAAAUUUGGAUGCCGUGACCCAGUGAGGACCUGUUUUGAAACCUUCCCAGACAAGGUUGCCAUUCAGCUAAAUGACACUCACCCAGCGCUUUCCAUUCCUGAGCUCAUGAGAAUCUUUGUUGAUGUUGAACAGAUGGAGUGGGAUAAGGCCUGGGAAAUCACAAAACGAACCUGUGCAUACACCAAUCAUACAGUGCUGCCUGAGGCCCUGGAGCGCUGGCCAGUGUCUAUGUUUGAGAAGCUCCUGCCCAGGCAUCUGGAGAUCAUUUACAUUAUCAACCAAAAGCAUUUGGAUUAUGUGGCUUCCCUCUUUCCUGGAGAUGUUGACCGCCUCCGAAGGAUGUCUGUGGUUGAAGAAGGAGACUGCAAGAGGAUCAAUAUGGCCCACUUGUGUGUCAUUGGUUCUCAUGCAGUCAAUGGAGUGGCUCAGAUUCACUCGGAGAUUGUGAAGAAUUCUGUAUUCAAAGAUUUCUACGACAUAGAGCCAGAAAAAUUUCAAAACAAAACCAAUGGUAUCACUCCCAGGCGAUGGCUUCUGCUGUGUAACCCAGGACUCUCCGAAGUCAUUGUGGAGAGAAUUGGGGAAGAUUUCCUAACUGAUCUUAGCCAGCUAAAGAAGCUGCUGGAUUUUGUCAACGAUGAAGCCUUUAUUAGGGAUGUAGCUAAAGUUAAACAGGAGAAUAAACUGAAGUUCUCAGCGUACUUGGAAGAACAGUACAAAGUGAAAAUUAAUGCAUCCUCUAUGUUUGAUGUGCAUGUCAAGAGAAUUCAUGAAUACAAGAGGCAGCUCCUCAAUUGCCUACAUAUAAUCACUCUCUAUAAUCGCAUCAGAAAAGACCCUAAAAAAUCCUAUGUACCAAGAACAGUUAUGAUUGGAGGAAAGGCAGCUCCAGGCUACCACAUGGCAAAAAAGAUUAUAAGAUUGAUCACAGCCAUUGGAGAAAUUAUCAAUAAUGACCCCUACAUAGGAGAUAGACUCAAAGUCAUAUUCUUGGAAAACUACAGAGUGUCUCUUGCUGAAAAAGUGAUUCCUGCUUCAGAUCUAUCUGAACAGAUAUCUACGGCUGGGACUGAAGCUUCAGGGACAGGAAACAUGAAAUUCAUGCUGAAUGGAGCCCUCACUAUUGGGACCAUGGAUGGGGCCAAUGUGGAAAUGGCUGAAGAAGCUGGAGAUGAUAAUCUGUUCAUUUUUGGCAUGCGGGUGGAUGACGUAGAAGCAAUGGAUAAGAAAGGGUACAAUGCUAAGGAAUACUACGACAGAAUUCCAGAGCUCAAGCAAGCUAUUGAUCAAAUAAAUAAUGGCUUCUUCUCACCAAAUGAUCCUAGUUGUUUCCACGAUGUUGUCAACAUGUUGAUGCAUCAUGACAGGUUUAAAGUAUUUGCUGACUAUGAAGCCUACAUCAAAUCUCAAGGGCAAGUGGACCAACUAUACAUGAAUCCUAGGGAAUGGACUAAAAAGGUAAUUAAGAACAUUGCAUGCUCUGGCAAGUUUUCCAGUGACAGGACAAUUACUGAAUAUGCCAGAGAGAUCUGGGGAGUGGAACCUUCUGCUGUGAAAAUUCCUCCUCCAAACAUACCUAGGGAGUAAGUCUGCCACUAGAAGGUGCAUGCAAUUACCCUGAUGGGCUUCCUGCUGCUGCUACUACUGCUAAGACGUACCUGCUUCCCUGUGACUUUUCUGCAGAUGAAUUCAAUCAUGUAUUUUACCACACUUUGGCUUGUUUCAUCUUUAUAAGCAUAUAGCUGAAAUGAGAGCAACUGGUGCUUCAGAUAGUAAGAAAUAGUUGACCAAAACUUAUACUCUGUCAUAAGAUUCAAGACCAAAACAGAAAGUUUAAGCAAAAAAAAAGAUGUUCUAAUCUUGCCCUCUUUUAAAAAUCCAGGAUACCAAUGAGGUUUAUAGGUAUCCAUCUAUUAUAUGCUGAAGGGCACUUCAGGUCCCCAAACUUGUUAAUUCCUAUGGCAGUUCCCAAUUGGUCAAAUCAGAAGGUGCCUACAAAGUCCGGAACUGAAUGAAAAACGUGAUUCCACAGGGAUAAUAUGUGUUGCCUUCUGGAAUGGAACAUGGAAGCUAGACUGGAACCGUUCUGUAACCAAGGAGAAUCCUUUCCCCUCAUAAGUCAUCUUGAAGUCACUUCUCUGUCUUAAUUGCAGUGGUGUCUGCAGCAAAUUGAGGUUGAAUCAAAAUGACACAUACAUGGUGGCAUCAUGACACAAACAUAGGUACUUGUAUUCUGAUGACACCCACGAAUGUCCAGUUGAGGAUUUAGCAUUCUGUUACAUGUUUUAUUCCUUCUCCCUCUUCCUCUCCCCUCCACACUUAGGCUCAUUAGGAGUACCAUUGCUGAUCUCCAGGACAGUUCCAGAAUCAUUCUAAGUGACCGAUCACAAAUGGAAAAAUCCGGAUACUUUUUCCUAUAGGGAGAAGUUGUUCAAAGUGAGUUAAAGGCACCAAAGAACCUGCUUGCUUUCCUCUAAAAUGAGAAUUCCCGAACAACCUGUGAGCCAUAAAGUUAGCAUCCAGUCUAUUGCCCUCAAGAUGCAUUAAGACUGCCCAGUUAGCCCGAAUUAAGUCAAAUUACCGGUCAUAUUUUGUGAUCUGAUGGAUUCUGGAUAGUUUUCAGAGCAAGUGGCAGUAGAUAAAAAAAAUUAAGACAUUUGCUUAGCUUCAUGGUAGAUUGCUAAGCUUUGCUUUAGGAACUAGACUUUAUCUGUGUAUAUUUCAAAUUGUGCAGCUACAUGGAUUAUUUAAAACAAUCUUAUAUAAAGAGCAGGCACUGAAAUAUCUGUCACUUCUCAUACUGAAACCACUCCAUCCAGAGUUUUUCUUGAGUCAGUGUUGUCUCUAGAGGUCACCUUUUUAGUAUUUAAAAGAAUAUUGGGAAACCCCCAUGAAUUUUAACUUCAGGCAAUAACAUCACGAUUUUGAGAUCUAUCAGGUCCUCUAGCCUGGGUUGCCAAAUAAAUAAUUUUUCUACAAAUGCUGAGGAAAUUGACUAUAUUUUAGAGCCCAUCAAUUCUUAAAUGGCAACUUUAUCUGUAAAUGACCAGAAUGGAAAUGAAUGUAUAUCCUAUAAGCUUUCAGAACCAAAACAUUAAACAAACAUGCUCUUUUCCUUUUCAGACUUCUUAGUAGAGGCAUUAUCAAUCUAAUACCAAGUCAAAGAAGUAAUGAAUAUAAUCUACAAAGUAUUCCUUCUCUAAGCUGAUGCCCUCCAAAUAUCCUGUGGUAGCAACUCCCCACUGUCAGGGAGUUAUAUAGGAGCAGGAGGCCAGAAACAGCUGCCAAAUCUCUCCCUAGAUUAAUUUUUAGGGUCGCCCCAUACAGAUGAGCAAUACAACUUCAUCUAUCAAAUGUAGGAAACAGUGACCGCAGUUUUCUGAAUAGACAGCAAAUUGAUAUGCAAUAAUAGCAUCCCUAAU